AUGAUAAAAGUUUCACCGGUGCAGAAAGGAAAUGCAUUACUAGAGUAUCUUUCGAAUGCUUCAUGGCAUUAUGACAAUGCAAUAACACCGGAUUAUGAAGUGAACAAUAGUGUUGGUAUAUUAUUUCUAUCUCUUAGAUUUCAUGUGUGCAAGCCUGAAUAUAUACAGAAGAGAGUUCGAGCGAUGAGACCAUAUAAGGUUAGGAUUCUUCUUGUGCAUGUUGAUAUUCCGAACUAUGGGCAGAUUGUCAGGGAGUUGUUUGACAGUGUUCCACUUACGAUGGUGCUGGGAUUUAGCAUUGAGGAGUGUUCGAGAUAUGUGCGUGGGUUUGAGAUUGCAGGAGGUAGAUCUGUUGAUGCAAUAAGACGUGGGCAGAAUGAUAGCGAAGGCUUUUUGCAGCGAAUUCCAAAGAUUAACAAGACUGAUGUUCAACAGAUUGCUGGAGAAUGUAGAACACUGCUAGAGUUUAUUUCGAAGACGCCUGCAGAGAUGGAGGAUAUACCAGGAAUAGGAAAGUUAAAAGCAGAGGAGAUAUCUAGAUUUCUAGACAUGAGGUUUGAAUAA